AGACGUAUUCUUUUCACAACAAAAAAAUAAAAUUAAAAAUUAAAAAUUAAAGAGAGAGAGAGGUUAAAACGCACCGUUUAAGGCUAACUUUAAACCCCGACCCCUAAACCCUUCCCUGUUCUGCCCAUUUGGUGCUGCUGAUUGUGCCCUAGAAGCAGAAACAGAGACCAAGAGAGAGAUGGGAAGGUCGAGAAGAAAGUACAAGAAAUCGAGGCCAAAGGUCCGCGUGGGUUUGCCGAAGAGGAAGCCCAACGUCUUCAAACCAGCCUUCUGUCUCCCUCCCAAACUCCGGUCUUUGCUCGAUGAAAGCGACCCUUCUUCUGCUACUAAAUGGGACAACAAAGCAAGCGUUAUCCAAAACUACAACUCGUUCGGCUUCGUAUCAAACCCUAACUUGCUCGGCGUUCGUGCCCGAACCUCUCACAUGAUUCAAAGCGAUGAUCUCCAGGUCCCUCCCCCUUCUGUGCCGUCCGAUGAGGCCGCCACCGAUCUGGAUUAUACCAAUUGCGGUAGCGAUCUCGAAGAAGACGACUUGAAGUCGGCGCUGGGAAAGAAACGAAGAGAUGGGAAAUCCGCACUUCCACAACCAUUGACUGCGAUGCAGCGCCUUCAUAUCUCUCGUCUUGUAGAGAAAUAUGGAGAUGACUAUCAGGGUAUGUUCAUGGAUACGAAGCUAAAUGCGAUGCAGCAUUCUGUUGCCACUUUGGCGAAACUGUGCAAGAGGUAUCACAUGUAUAAAGAUCGAAAUCCUUUGAUCUUAGUUUGAAACUUGUGAGGAAAUUUUGAUACCGAGUUUUUGUGCGUUUAUAACUGAUGAAAGCAAUGAAAAGAUUCAGAAUAUUAAUUUAA